UCUGCGAGGUCUGGCCAUUUGGUGUCAUGUUGAAUAAACACAAAGGUGCUGGGAGUUUUCUGAAGGGGAGGCUCAGGCCCCCACGCUGAUCCUGUUUAUGAGUUUGGGUCAGGUUUUGUUUUAAGUCAGAGGUGCUAAACACCUUCCCCCUGAGAUAAAAGAUGAUUAAUGCCUUUGAAUGAGCGCCGCUUUAAUGGCUCAAGGCUACUUAAGCACUUCAUUAGGGUGAGCUCGGGCCUGGUUGACACACUCGAGCCACUGGAUCCUCUCUGCUGCAGAAACAGACAAGAGGUGAAAACUCAAUGCUUUAUUUUGGAGGUCGCCUUUGAAGUGGCCCCUGGCUGUAAGAACACCAUCACCACAAAGCAUUCAGCAUGGAAAUUUGAUUAGCUCUCCCCUUUUUUUUUUUUUUUUUUUGACUCCACACCACUUUGAGACCUUGUUUUCAGGUGACAUCUGGGGUUGAAUCUUGAUCCUGUAUAAAUAUCAGAGGCGUCAGCGAGAAGAGGGACACUCAGGAUCUGGCAGCUGACGAGCAGAUUUGAACUAAAGCCAUGGAUGUACUCAGACUGUGCCUUCUUCUCCUGUGUGCCCUCCACCUGACCUCAACGGGAGUGUUGAGCAAACACAUCACAGAUCACAGAAACCUGUUCUCACAGAGAGUGUGCUGUAAAAGACAGAGCCACUUUGUCUAUAUCGGCCAAGACAUCUCUGGGAGUCCUGUCAGUGUGGAUGUGGGAAUGUGCAGGUCUCACUGUGGGGGGGCACCUAGGCCAUCACAUGAAGCAGGACAGCAGGAAUCCUCAAAACAUUCCUCAAUGCUGGAAUUUCUCAGGAGCAAAAAAUUGCGGACGCGCGGAGCUGCUGCUGCAGAGAGCUCAGAGCCGCUGAAGCAGCUGCCCUCCUGCGGGCUGAACCAGGUGUGUGAGCCGACCGGGAUGCGCGUGGACCGGGUGCUUCUGUUCGAGGGGCCCCGGGAGGUGGAGGUCAUCGAGGAGUGCCACUGUGAGAUCAAGCUGACCCAGUGCAUCCGCGUCCCCGCACUGAGGACUUAUUACUCCGAGACGCCGUAUGAGACAGUCAUCGACGUGGGAGGAUGCUCCCGGUCCAAGGGCUCUCCAGAGGGAUUUUCCUGUGUUCCCACAAAGUUUGACUCAGCCUUGGUGGAAACUCCCAACAAAGUGGAUCUCAUCCAGACAGUUGCGGCCUGUGAGCUGAAGGAGAGCUGCUACAGGGUCCCAUAUGUGGAGUAUUACUAUGAAAUAGUCCACCAUGCGGACGGAGUCAAAGAGGAGAGACUCAAAGAAAUAGAUGUGGGCAGAUGUAUGGGAGGUUGCACUACAGGAAACCGAUGCCUUCUCAGGAGUCCAUCUGAUCCAGAAAUUUGCCACUUGUGGACUGAAAGACAGUCCAAUUCCUGCGUUCCUCAGGGCUAUGAGAGUAACAGCUUCCUCAACCAGCAUGGACAGAUACGCACCGUCCUCUCCAUUACUUCCUGCCUUUGCCAAAACUGAAGAUAGCUCCCCCUACUGGAAAACAACUCCCAAGAUCUACUCAGCUCCAAAGCUUUGACCCACAGUGGCUGCAUAACUCCAGCAAACAACUGGGACAUUUGUUCAAGAAUUUGCUACCCUAAAGUAUUAUUGUAUUAUAUGUAAUAUAUGUAAAAUCCUAAUUUUGUAAAUAAA